AUGGGCACAGGCUGGGAGCUCACCAAGCCCCUCAGAGACAAAAUCUAUCGAUAUGCCACCUACCCUCAGACGUCCAUCAAUAUCCGGCAAAUGGUUCAAUUUGGACCGUCUCCAUCGCCAGGGUCCAUCUUUUUGGCGUCCCAGUUCAUUGUGGAGGAAUUACCCAUUCGUUUGGCGGUAAAGGUCAAAGACUUGGAAAACGCUCCAUUGGGGCUUCUGGAAAUGCCGCUGACCAUUAAAGUUAAGAACUGGUAUGCACAGCUGUUCGAGGAAUUGACGCUGUUGCCCAAACCGAAGGUCGACGACAAGUUACGCGAGUUGUUGUACAGUACAAGUGGCGUACGGUCGGUGGACAGCGAGUCCUUCGACGACAACACCUUGAUGGAGACCACCAACUUGGCCCACGAACAGAAAUCGAACCCGGCAGUCAACAAUGUGUUUUCUGACGAUGGUAUCGUAGUCAGACCGCAUUCUGGAUCGGCAUCGUCUGAGCUGCUGUGGACGUCUUCUGCAUCGUCGGGUUCGUCUGGCUCGUCCUCCUCGUCAUCAUCCAUGGCAGCCCGCUCGGAUUCCCCCACAUAUGGCUUGACCUACUUCAACCUGUGUCCCAUGAACAUCGUGUGGCCCAAAGAGGUGUACGACUACAAUAAGCUAGUGUACGAUGCGCUUCUGAAGAUCAAAAAGAGACACGACGCUACGGUAGCAACCAUGGCCCAGGGUGUCCAAGAAUGGAAGACCGAGCACAAGUUGGUGUCAGUCAACUCGUCUAUUCAGACGUUUUUGGACCGUUUCUACAUGCUGAGAAUCGGCAUUCGUAUGCUUAUUGGUCAGCACAUUGCAUUGAACAUGUCGCAGGCACUGCCAACCAGACAGCGUCUUCUGAAGUUUUUGAAUGGAGCUAACAGUGCACCAGCACCAAAGAACGCCAGAAACAAUUACGUGGGUGUCAUCUGUACAGACUGUAACGUCAAAGAGAUUGCCGAGGAUGCCGUCGAGACCGCCAAGUACAUCUGUGAAGAGUACUAUGGUCUUUUCGAGGCUCCUGAGAUCCAAUUGAUUGCUCCCCAGCAACUGGUGAGCUUCAUGUACGUGCCGGGCCACUUGAUUCAUAUGUUCUUCGAGGUUUUAAAGAAUUCCUUGAGAGCCACCAUUGAGUUUCAUACGCCCAGGCUCAAGGAGCAGAUGAUGGCAGAGGACCCCAACCUCAAAGCCGAGGAUAUCGACUUGAACGACUUGAAGUUUCCUCCCAUCAAGGUUAUCAUCAGCGAGGGCUACGAAGACAUCGCCAUUAAAAUCUCCGACGAAGGAGGAGGAAUUGCCAGGAGCGAGAUUCCUUUGAUCUGGACUUACUUGUAUACAACGGUGGAUAAAACCCCCACCUUGGAUGCCGAGUACAACCAGUCAAGCUUUAAGGCACCAAUGGCUGGAUUUGGGUAUGGAUUACCCAUCUCCAGACUUUACUCACAGUAUUUUGGAGGCGACUUGAAGUUGAUUUCCAUGGAGGGCUACGGUACCGAUGUUUACAUUCAUUUGAACCGGUUGAGCAGCUCGCUGGAGCCAUUGCCAUAG